CCUGAUAGCUCAGUACGUACUCAGGCACCAAACAACUCGGUCUUGUUCACCAUGUGGCUAUAUAUAGCUCUAGGGUUGUUAGCCCUCGCAUACCUUGUGUUCAAAAGUUGCAAAUAUGACUACUGGGAGAAGAAAGGGAUACCAACGGCAUCUGGGAACGAGUGGUUCUUUGGGCACUUCAAGCAGAUUGUGCUGCUGAAGAAACAUUUGGUUGAUGUUAUUGAAACCAUAUAUAAAGAAUUUCCCGAUGCUCCGUUGGUUGGCUAUUAUUCGAUGAAUGUUCCGACUUUGAUGGUUAAGGACUUGGACAUCAUUAAAACGAUCGUGGUUUCGGAGUUCUCAAGCUUCAACUCCGCUGGCAUUAAGUUUGACAGGAAAGCCGACCCACUCGCGGCAGCCCACCCAUUCUUCCAAUCCGGAGAGGAAUGGAAGACCACCAGGGCCCAGGUGACACCCUCGCUGACUCUAGCCAAGCUCAGAGGAUACCUCCCCAAUAUAUUCAAAGUGGCAGACGUUAUGAUCAAUCAUGUGAAGAGGAGCAAGUCGAAGGAAAUUGAGACACGAGACUUAGCAAUGAGAUAUGGCACUGAUGUCAUAGGAAAUGCCAUAUAUGGCAUAGAAAACAAUUCAUUUGAGAAUGAUGAUUCACUAGUUUCACAUUUGACAAGAGAAAUCAAAUUUGAGAGCUCAAUCAAAAAUAACAUCAAGCUUUUCUUCCAAAAUCUUCCAAUAAUAAGUUGGUUUUUCCCACAAAGAUUAGCAACACUAAAUCUGCAACACAUGAUGCUUGCGAUGACCCGUAAGAUUGUGAAACAGAGAAUAGAGACCGGUGAAAAACGAAACGACUUGAUCCAACUGCUUCUAACGCAGAAGGAAAAUGACACCAAAGGGGUAAUUACUGAUGAAUAUAUGAGCGGACAAGUAUUCGUAUUCAUAAUAGAUUUAUUCGAAACUGGAAGUAACGCUAUAUCAAUGCUUUUAUACAUUCUCUCAAUACACCCUGAUAUCCAGGAUAGACUCCGAGCUGAAAUCAAGGAGAUAAAAGCGAGGAACAAAGGAGAAUUCACUGCUGAGGAUAUUGAAGGCGCAAAAUAUCUUGAAAUGGUUUACAACGAAUCACUCCGCAUAUUCAGCUUCUUCCUCACCCGUGAAUGUACCAACGACUGCCUUUUGCCCGUGCCUGGAUCCGAACCCUUCAAGAUCACCAAGGGAACAUCCAUCGUCAUACCAGUAGCCAGUAUACAGAAGGACCCCAAAUAUUACCCGGAUCCGGAGAAAUUUGACCCGGAGAGGUUUACUGAAGAGGAGGUGGCUAAGAGACCGAAGUUUACUUAUAUGCCGUUUGGAGAGGGACCCAAAAAGUGUAUUGGUGCUCGCAUGGUCACAUUACACAUUAAGAUAGCCAUCAUCAAGAUUCUCGACAACUUCAAGCUGGUGCCUUCUUCUAAAACGAAGUAUCCGUUUGAGAUUGACCCGCGCUUCACUUUGACUUUUCGUCCUGUUGGUGGUUCUUGGGUUAAAUUUGAACCGAUUAAUUAGUAAUUGUUCUAAUACAGUACAACUAAAAUCUGACCAGAAAAUAUGUCUAUUGUCAAGAGGGUGCUCUUUUUGACAGGAAGAAAAUAUUCUCAAAUCACGUAUUUUCUUACUGUGGAUAGAAAGCAGAUCAGUGUUAUUUUAUACAUUUUGCUUUAAGACAGUUGGAAUCAUUUGUGUCGUUUUUGUAUUUAUUAUGCUAUAAAUUGUAAUAUUCUAAAAAAAUUAAACAACUACAAAUACGGUUGUUCAAUGUUCUGAUCACUUGAAAGUAAAAGUAAAUUUAAGUUUUAGCUUUAAGUUGCAUUUUGAGAAAUAAAUCAUAACAAUGA